CUGACAUUGAGCGAUUAACGGUUUGGUGCCAGGAAAAUGGAAUGCAUGUAAACGCUGAAAAAUGCAAGGCCAUCACAUUUACGCGCUCUCGCUCCCCUAUUGUACACGGAUACAUGUUGAAUCUCUCGCCACUGCAGAGAGUCAAUAGAAUCAAAGAUCUGGGAGUUCUUCUUGACAGCAAGCUGCGUUUCCAUGAGCACGUCUCGGUCACAAUUUCAAGAGCAAAUGCGAUGGUUGGAUUUUUGAGACGCAACACAGCUCAUUUCGAUGACGUCUACGCUCUGAAGUCGUUGUACUGUGCUUUUGUUCGCAGCGUCUUGGAAUACGCAGUACAAGUAUGGGCCCCAUAUCACGCUGUACAUAUCCAGCGCAUCGAACGUGUUCAGAAACGCUUCGUAAGGUAUGCUCUACGUGGCCUGCCCUGGAAUGAUCCAACCAACCUACCACCCUAUGAACAGCGCUGUGCACUUAUUGGAAUGCAAACCCUGGAAAGCCGACGAUUGAUGCUACAGAGAAUUUUUAUUUUCGAUGUAUUAACAGACAAAAUUGACUGCAGCUAUCUACUUCGAAACGUUAGCCUACACGCACCAUCCCGACAGCUACGCCACCAUCGAGUCCUGGCGAUGCCUAAUCACCGUACCAUAUAUGGGCAAAAUAAUCCAUUAGACGCUUGCUGCCGCGUCUUUAACGAGGAGCGAUGUAUUUCAAAGAAGUGCAUUGUAUCAAGGGUCUCUAUUGGGUAUUGGUUCGCUCGGUCCUUGAAUGCCUGUGAAGAAUGGCCUCCUUACUAUGAUAGUAGUGUGCAGCGAAUUAAUUCGAUUCAACGGAAAUACGUUUUUCGUAAUUUACCGUUAAGUGCCCAUAGGUAUGACGAUCGUUUAACAUUUAUUGGAUUAUAAUCAUUAGCUUCACUGAGAGAUAUAACCAAGACAUUAUUCACUUUCGACCUUGUUUCAGUGAACAUGGACCUUCAUUCCAUCCUCAUGAACUAAUUACGGUUACAGCGUAACAACAUGUAACAAGUAUGUACCGUGUGUUCAAUCGUGGUAGUUCCUGUUUGGUUAGUCAUCUGUCUCGUAUGUCUAUUCUUCCGAUAUUAUAAAGUCCUGUUGUAAGAAGUAUUCAUAAUAGUAGAUGAAGAUGAUGUUUAAGAUGUUUAAAUUAAUUCAAUUAAAACACCAUUAUACAAGAGCAAUUUUGAAUAGGAUAUUGAAUGACUGAUUAAUAUUUUUUCCUUUUAUCAUCGAGAAAGUAGUAUCAACUAACAUCAUUUGCUGUAGUUUUCAAAAAAUGCAUGCGAGCAUGUUACUCAAUUUCACUUUUAUUAGAUGGGUUAAUAUCAAUAACAUUUUUCUAUAGAAAUAUUUUGUUUGAUUGGAUA